UGACCCUAGAGACGCCCCGUAGUUCUGAACAUGUUUUGCUGUCAGCUGUGUUGUAGGAAGCUGUGUGGUCACUGCAUGUGAUAGCUUUCAUAAAGUCUCAGAUUCACAUCAUGGAGCCAGCUAUUCGGCUGAAACCAGGGUGCAGCAAAUCGGACAUUCGGCAGAAGGUUUGGGAUUAUAUUGAGAAGAAUGAUUUGGCAGACUUUCCAAGACCCGUUCAUAAUCGGAUACCCAACUUCAAGGGGGCAUCCCAUGCUUGUGAAAAGCUGCUGAGCUUGCCAGAAUUCCACGAUGCCAGGACGGUUAAGAUUGACCCUGAUAGCCCUCAUAAGAAUGCCCGCUUCCUCACCCUGGAUGCUCAUAAAAUAUUGCUUGUGCCGACUCCACGGCUUCGAAAAGGGCUGUUUAACAGGAUCACCCCACCGGCUAGGGCUGGCAAAGAAAUGCUGAAAAUGUGCUCCACUCCACAGGGAGUGAAAGAGCACAGUGUCCCUGUGAGUUUGGAUGACAGAAUAUCUGUGGACCUGGUGGUAGUGGGCUCCGUGGCUGUGUCUGAAAAAGGUUGGAGAAUUGGAAAAGGAGAAGGAUUUGCUGACUUGGAGCAUGCCAUGAUGAUGGCGAUGGAAGCGGUUACAGAAGACACUGUUGUGGUCACUAUAGUUCAUGAUUGUCAAGUGCUUGAUUUUCCCGAGGAUCUCCUGGGAGAGCACGACCUCACUGUGGACUAUAUAUUGACACCAACUCGAGUUAUUAAAACAGACUGCAAGCGUCCAAAGCCCGAAGGAAUCAUAUGGUCUAAGAUCACCUGGGAGAUGAUGACGAAAAUUCCAAUCUUAAAGAAACUUCAAGCCAUUGAAAAAGAGGCCGGUAAAAACGUCUUCAUAAAGAAAGGUCUUGAUCCCAAAUUACACACCAGAUUGGAAGCCUGUGACUUGGGCGACGUGCAUACGUUAUAUAUAGGGAAUAUUCCCCCAACUACAACAAUCAACGAGUUUAAGGAUAUCUUACAGGAGAAAGGGGCUCCACCUUUACGACUCCAGUGGCAGAUAGAUCAUCAGAGAGCAUUCCUUGAUUACAUGGAUGUGGCCCAGGCGAGGCAGGCAUUGUCUAGCUUGCGAGGGUUAACAAUCCGUGGUAAUUCUCUAUGGGUGGAUAUGGCUAGACCCAGGCAGAAUAAAGUGUCAAACUCCAAAACGCAGUAAUUAAGGGAAAUUUAAAUAAAAAAAAUAUAUAUAUAUAUAUAUCUCAAAUCUCUAAUAUAUCAACACAUAUCACCCUACAUAAAAUACUUUGUUAUUUCGAGAGGAGUUGUGAAGUUUAUAUACGAAAUGUGAAUUUUUGCCAGUGAAAGGUUUGACUUUAAUUUUUUUUUUUUAAUUUUCUUCGGUACAGAAAUCUCCUUUUUAUGCAGAAUAAUAAUUAUUUGUUCAUUACACGUUUUAAAUGCUUAA